UAAAGGAGCACAUUUCUGAGGAGAAUCGUCGGCCCACUUAUCACAUGACAUCAUCUGAUCAUGUCUUGGCUACACCCUCACCACAGCCUCCCAUUGUUGCAUUCACUGCUCCUCCGCGAAUAAACUCCGGGCGUCCCACCUCUCAGUCUUCCAAAGGUGCUCAUUGCAAGUUUUGCCGUGCCAAAGGCCAUGACAUCUCUGUUUGUCGUAAGCUACAGAAAUUUGUGCAAGAGCAGAAUAAAGCUUCUCUUCCUCAGGCAGCUGCUGUAUGUCCUUCAGAUCCAUCGGUUCCUACAGGUCCAUCUUUGGCUUCCUCACUUACUACGGCUGAUAUUGAGGCAGUUGUUCAACAGGUUUUAUCCCGCACUUCCACUGCCCUUUCUGUCACCUCAGGAUCCCCGGACGGGUCAAGUGCUUGGGACAGGCCGUAAGGUUGGUCGCAUGUUUGAGGUUCAUAACUUGAAGAUUCCUUCACAAGUUGUUUCUGCAGCUGCUACCACUGUCACCUCCUCACCUGAUCUAUGGCAUGCUCGUCUUGGUCAUCCAUCCUUAUCUCGUCUUCAAUUA